AGCUUACUCCGGCUACCGGAAUCGGUCCGGUGUUUGGACUGCCAAUCGAUACCAUACGUGUGUAGCAGGUUAGGUGGUAUAAGUUCACGUGCAGUGGAACGUUGAUAAAUCUCAUGAAAGCAAGAAACGCGACUUUUGCCGCCCUUUCACGGCUCGAAAACCCCGAUAAACCUUCGUCGAUCACGAUGAAAAUGACUGAAAAAAUGUAAAAAAAAACGAAGUCAUAAUGGUACUGAAAAAGAGCGUAAGACUAACGACUUAAAGUAUAUUUUGUACGAAUUUUAUUGAAGCACCAAUCGCUGCAAUGGACGAGCCGAAAGCUUCCGGAAAGAUGAAGAACUGGUGUUUUAUUUAUAACACGUUCAGAGAUAGUUCUUUGGAGAAGCUUUACCAGAGCUUUAGUGUGAGGCAGAAGCGCUCUGGGUUGGAGUGCUUCCUCAUCACGGCGAUACUUUUCGAUAAUUAUAUGCUGCUGGUUCCUAGCGACCAAGACGUUGUCAUUGUGGUUGUGAUGGGCUUAUUUCUGGUAUUCAACUCCCUUUUGCUCCUGUUCUGCAAGAGGGGGUUCCAGAACAAGGUUCUGUGGGCCGUGGUGCCUCACAUUGCCUUCCACAUGGCCAACACGCAAAUCCUGUCCGGGCUGUUCCUCAAGAAGAACGAAGUGACAUCGAGAGAUAGCUUAGGGUGGUUUUUGCUCUUAACCUACCUAAUUUACGUUACAUUACCAUUGAGAUUGCCCUGCUGUGUGCUGCUCAGCGUCGGGACGUUCACUUCCUACAUCGUGUCAUUGUGCGGACUGACGAAGUCACAACUCCAUUUUGCGGAACAGCAAGUCUCCAACUGUAUCCUGCUCGUGACUGCAAAUAUCUUAGGACUCACUUCGUAUCUAGUUGAAGAUAAACAGCAGCGACGAGCUUUUCUCGAAACUAGACAAUCAUUGGAAAUGAAACUUGUCAUAGAGGAGCAAAGUGCAGAACAGGAGCGUCUCCUUCUCUCCGUUCUACCAGAACAUGUAGCCGUACAAAUGAGACAGGAUUUAGACCAAGCCGACAGCCAAUUCAAGAAAAUUUACAUGAGCAGGCACGAAAAUGUCAGUAUUCUGUACGCUGACAUCGUGGGAUUUACAGCCAUCUCUUCAACUUAUUCAGCUCAAGAACUAGUGAAAAUGCUGAAUGAAUUAUUCGCCAGAUUCGACAAACUUGCCGAGAAGUAUCAACAGCUAAGGAUCAAAAUCUUAGGUGACUGUUAUUAUUGCAUCAGCGGUGCGCCGAGGGAAAGACCGGAUCAUGCUGUUCUAUGCGUCCACAUGGGAUUGUCGAUGGUCAAAGCAAUAAAAUAUGUGCAGCAGACAGCAAAUUCUCCUGUAGAUAUGAGAGUUGGCAUCCACACGGGGGCGGUUCUGGCGGGUGUCCUGGGCCAAAGGCAAUGGCAGUUCGAUGUAUACUCGAAGGACGUUGAAUUAGCUAACAAAAUGGAAAGCAGUGGAAUGGCAGGACGAGUUCACAUUUCAGCUACAACCUAUUCGUUUCUGAGUGGCGAAUUCGAAGUAGAACCUGCAUAUGGAGAAAAAAGAGAAGAGGCGCUGCGGAUAGCAGGAUUAAAAACGUACUUUAUCGUCAAAGUUUUAAAACCCUUCCAGCCUCCUGUACAAGAAGUGCAAAACGGUAGCAGCAUACUUCCCGAAGAAGAUAGCUGCGUAAUAGCAGAUAUAUCAGACACGAAAGAAGAAGAAGAAGCAGAAGCAAACGGUGGUAACCAGAAAAGAUCGCGACAGGACUCGAGGGAUUUUAAGAUCCGAUUAAGGGCAGAACUGGUUAAUAGGGACGGACAUAAAGAGUUAUCCAAGAAUACGAAAUGCCUGACACUUGGUUUUGUGGACGAGCAUAAAGAAAAAUCGUAUCAACAACAAGUGGAGACUUUUUCCAGUAUAACCUUACUGAUGUUCUUAAUAGUACGUCUUGCCAUCGCGCUGACGGUUUUCAUUGUCUUACCAAGGGACAUGUCAAUCAAUAUUUCCUACUGCACGGAAAAUCUAAUAAUCAUAGUCCUACUGUCUAUUCUUAUAUGCGACGAAUUUUCCCCGGUCCUGAAAUGCUGGAAUGCUUUCAAGGAUUCAAUAACGGUACGAAGGAUACUGUCUGCAGUUUGUGUCUUUCUUUUAGGGACGGCCAACGUGAUAGACACAAUUUCUUGUGUUCAAUUCCAAUCGAAUUCAGAUAAUUGCACGUUCACAGACGAUAUAAAUUCGUCAUGUCUUUAUCCAUCCUAUUUCAGCUACUUCGCUGUAUUAAUUUUGAUCGCUUCAUCUCUUCCAGCGUGUCUGUCGUACCUGUGGAAGGCUUUGUUCUUGUUCAUAAUAGCUCUAGGUCAGUGCCUAGUUAACAUCUUUGUCCUAGAGCUGGUUCUAGAGUGCGAAGAGUCCCGCAAAAACUGGAAUAGCUUAACUAAAGGUAAAUACACACUUUCAGCGUUGUUACUUACGGCGACUCUUGCUCUGGCUUUGCUCUCGAGACACAUGGAGCAGGUCGCUAGAGUUUUAUUCUUGUGGAGAUGCGAAGUCGAGGAGCAGCGCGAUUUCGCGGAGGAUAUGAGAAGAAGAAAUGAAGCCUUAGUGUAUAAUAUCCUGCCGCCACAUGUAGCUGCUCAUUUUAUGGGAAACAGGAAGAGGCAACACGAUGAACUUUAUUCUCAAAGUUAUGCAGAAGUUGGAGUGCUUUUUGCUUCGAUGCCUAACUUUUCGGACUUCUACUCCGAAGAGACCGUCAACAACCAAGGAUUAGAAUGCCUACGAUUUUUAAACGAAGUCAUUUCAGAUUUUGACGCUCUUUUGGAGCUGCCUCAGUUUCAAGACAUAAUAAAAAUCAAGACAAUCGGUUCAACCUAUAUGGCAGCCAGCGGCCUAAAUCCAACACGUCAAGUCAAACCUGAAGAUCCCAUUACGGUGCGGUGGGCGCAUCUGGCUCUCCUUGUCGAAUUUGCUCUGGAACUGAAAAAAGCCUUGCAGGGUAUCAACGAACAGAGCUUCAAUCAUUUUGUUUUAAAAUUGGGUAUUAAUCACGGACCUAUAACGGCAGGUGUAAUCGGAGCCAGGAAGCCUCACUACGACAUCUGGGGCAACACAGUCAAUGUGGCUUCCAGGAUGGAAAGUACCGGGAAGGCUGGAUGUAUUCAGGUGACCGAAGAGACAUGUGAAAUCCUGCAACAUUUCGGCUACCAGUUCGAACAGCGCGGCCUAGUGGCGGUUAAGGGAAAAGGGCAGCUGAUGACCUACUACUUGCUCGGAAAAGCCGGAAAAAUCACCCCUCCGACAGCUCCGGUUUCCCCGAUCAUAGGUGUCACUGCUAUGGAAACGGUGAACGAAGAAGACGAAUCGCACGACAGCCCCACGUCCAAGUCGGAAGAUAAAACAGUUAUCGAAUGUAACGACCAGAAAAUCGAAGACGAAGUUUUCACCAACGACGCAGAGACGGCCGUCUGCGACCAAAAUUUUAGUAGCAAAGAAGGGGAUCCUCUGCUUCAAAGUUAAUGAGUUAGUAAAUAGACAAAGCACUGACUACUGUAGGCUGUCAUUUAUAAAUCAUUUUGUACUUCGAUCAAUCAUUCUCGUAAUAGAGUUCAACUGGUGUUUAGAUCUUGAUAUAGGUUGAUACCUACAUGUCUAAGUAUAUACAAUCAGAAUAACAUAGCUAGUAAGGCGUAAAAUAGCGUAAACAGAGUACCAAGCAUAAUAGGUGUAGACGUUAUUUUCUUCUUUUUGUGUUCGGUAGGAGGCGUUAUAUGCUAGAAUUGAUUGAAAGUUUUGUUUUAUAGAAACACGCACAUAUCUAUGAAAACUAAGUUAGUUUGUGUAUUUUGGUUUGGCAUUGUAGGUACUACUGAGAUAUUUCUGGAAGGAGAAUCUUAUGUAAAAAUGUAGAUCAUUGUAAUACUCAAAACGAAAUGCUUAGCUUAUUGUAUAACUGCAGACCUAAGUUGUACUUCGAAUUUUGUUUUUAAUAUUAAGUACAAACUGAUUAACUUCCAAGGGUAAUUUCUGUGAAAUGUUUAAAAAAUUAUUCAUUAGAACCACAAAACGAGCUCAAAGUAUUCUUCUAUCACAAAAGUAUGAAUUUCAAGAAUGGGAUCAAGUAGGGGCUUGACGAUAAUUUAUAUAAAUAACUGCUAUAUUAGUUAGCUGUAAAUAAUAAAUUUUUAUUUACUAGUAUUGACUUUAUUUUAGAUAUUACUAUUUGAAAUGUUAGUAACAAAAUGUGUAAUAAUGUUUAGUAACUACUCUGAAUAAACUUUA